UUAGGUGAAGUGGGAGGUGUUAAGUUGGUGACGUAACGGAAGCGGGGAAACCUAAUGAGAGAGGACCAGGAAGUGAACUGCGGAGCCUCAGCCGGCAGUGACAAGUGCCCGUUCCCUGUCGUUGCCCCGGGUCCCGCACCGUGGGAACCGCGCGCUGCAGACCCGGGUGCGGGGGACGCGGCGGGCGCCGCGGGGACCUGGAGACUCCGGAGCCGCAGUGUCCGCGCGGGGCGGGCGGCCUGGGAAAGUCAGCGUCAGCAGCAGCGCAGUGGCGGGAACCGCAGCCCGGCGGCCCUGGAACCUCCCAGGGAAGCAAGCUAUCUAUUCAUUGUUCCUGAAAGAGAAACUCAAAAGAAGAGAAGCAGAAAGAAAUGGCUGAUUCUCCAGUAAACAUGUCCCAGGGUCUGCUGACAUUCAGGGAUGUGACUGUGGACUUCCCCCAGGAGGAGUGGGAAUGUCUGGACUCUGCUCAGAGGGCUUUGUACAUCGAUGUGAUGUUGGAGAAUUACAGCAACCUGGUCUCUGUGGAGAACUAUUGCAAGUGUGAUCCUGUCCAUCACCACGUGAAGACUGAAAAGGAGUCUUGUCAGUGUGAUGAGCUUGACAAAGUGCUUCAUGACCCCUCCACAUGUGCACUUCAUAGAACAAGUGAAACUACAGAAAACUCUAAUAACUACACAUGCAGUAAUCACAGGGAUGCCUCUGUUGACUCAUCAAACCCAGACAGACAUGAAAGCAUGCACACCGGAGAAGAUCCUUGUCAGUCUAAAGACUGUGAGAAAUCUUUAAAUCUGUGUUCCAACAUUACUCAAGAUCAGAGAGUCUACACUGCAAAGAAAGAACACCUGCAGGGAGAGCAUGAUGACUCUUUGAGCUCUGCAUACAGGCUUUUGCAACAACCAAUCUACAUUGGAGAGAAACCAUACCAGUGUGUGAAAUGCAGGAAAUGUUUCAGUACUGCCUCAAGCCUCUCUGUACAUUGGAGAAUUCACAGUGGAAAGAAACCCUACAAGUGCAACAUUUGUGGCAAAUCCUAUAACCAAUGUGCAAAUCUUAGAAUACAUCAAAGACUUCAUACUGGGGAGAACCCUUACAAAUGCAGAGAAUGUGGAAAGUCAUUUCGACAGUCCUCAGCUCUUAAAAGCCAUCUGAAAAUACAUACUGGAGAGAAGCCUUAUAAAUGUAAGGAAUGCAACAAAUCCUUUGCCCACCAUUCCAGUUUCAGAACACAUCAGAAAAUCCAUACUGCUGAGGAACAUUGUAGUUGUCAAGAAUGUGGCAAGGUCUUUCAUCAGCUUUCACACUUCAGACGACAUUAUAGACUCCAUAGUGGAGAGAAGCCUUACAAAUGUAAUGACUGUGACAGAGCCUUUGCGCACUAUUCAUCACUUAAGUGGCAUCAGAAAACUCAUUCUUUAGAGACAUUUUACAAAUGUGAAGAAUGUGGUAAGUCCUUCCUUGAAUUGUCACAUCUUAAAAGGCAUUAUAGAAUCCAUACUGGUGAAAGGCCUUACAAAUGUGAAGUAUGUGACAAAUCCUUUACUGUGAACUCAACUCUAAAAACACAUCAAAAAAUUCAUACUGGAGAGAAACCAUACAAAUGUAAGGAAUGUGACAAGUCCUUUACCAAGUGCUCACAUCUUAGAAGACAUCAGAGUGUUCAUGCUGCCGAGAAACCUUACAGAUGUAAGGAAUGUGGCAAAUCUUUUCCUGAGUGCUCCACUCUUAGAGAACAUCAGAGAGUUCAUACUGGAGAGAAACCUUACAAAUGUGGUAUAUGUGACAAAUCCUUCAUCCAGCAAUCAAAUCUCAGAACACAUCAGCGAGUUCAUACUGGAGAGAAACCUUACAGUUGUAAGGAAUGUGGCAAAUCUUUAACUACACUCUCAACCCUUAGAGCACAUCAGAAAAUUCAUACUGCAGAAAAACCUUACAAAUGUAUGGAAUGUGACAAAUCCUUUACCCAUAGCUCACAUCUUAGAACGCAUCAGAGAGUUCACACUGGAGAGAGACCUUAUAGUUGUAAGGACUGUAACAAGUCUUUUACUACGUGCUCGUAUCUUAGAGCACAUCAGAAAAUUCAUAGUGGAGAGAAACCCUACAAAUGUAAAGACUGUGACAUGUCCUUUCUCAGGAUUUCUAGUCUUCAAAUACAUCAGAAAAUUCAUACUGGAGAGAAACCUUUCAAAUGCCAAGACUGUGGCCUAUCCUUUAAUCAGAUAUCGAAUCUUAGAAGACAUCAGAAACUUCAUACUGGAGAGAAACCUUACAAAUGUCUGGAAUGUAACAAAUCCUUUGCCCACAUGUCAAAUCUCAGAACACAUCAGAGAAUUCAUACUGGAGAGAGACCUUACAGUUGUAAGGAAUGUAGCAAAUCCUUUACUAGGUGCUCCUACCUCAGAGCGCAUCAGAAAAUUCAUACUGGAGAGACACUUCACAAAUGUGAAGAUUGUGACAUGUCCUAUAUCCACCUUUCCAAUCUUAGAAGGCAUCAGAGAGUUCACACUACAGAGAAAAAUAACUUGUAAAUAAUGUGACAUAGCAUUAUUUUUGUAUUCUCAGCUUAUAAAUCCCUACAGUAUCCAUAAUAGAAGCAUAUAGAUAAGAAACUUGGGGGCUGGAGGGAUGGCAGUGGUUAAGAGUAUGGGCUGCUCUCCCAGAGGACUGGGAUUCAAUUCCCAGCACCCUGAUGGCAACUCACACCUGUCUGGAGCUCCUCUUCUAGAGGAUCUGAUUCCCUCAUACAGAUACACUUGCAGGCAAACACCAAUGUAUAUAAAAUAAAAUAUUUUUAAAGAACAAAAAACAGGACUUUGAUGGUGCAAAAUUGUGUAUUAAAAAAGAUAAACUUGUAAAAAGCCUUUAAUGAAAUUUUUAAACUUAUAAAAUGACAGAGUUUACACCAAAAUAAAAUUCUGCAGUAGUAACUGAAUUAAAAAAAAAAAACUGUGUAUGGAUGCUUUGCCUGCAAUGCUUUCUAUAUAAUACAUGUUUGCCUGGUGCCUGUGAAUGCCAGAAGAGGACAUAAGAUUCCUGAACUGGAGUUCUAGACAGUUGUAACCUCCCAUGUGUGUGCUGGAAACCAAACCCUGGCCCCCUGGAACAGCAACCAAUGCUCUUUUCCACUAAACCAUGCCUUCAGCCCCUGGAGAAGGUGUAAUAAAAUCAUUUGUCUUGGCCUGGCA